CUUAUUAGUAGUGAAGAGUUAGUGAAUUCGAACAGCAGUUCCCAAAAGCACCUUCAAGCGAACGCAAGUAAAAUUUUAACUACUGAGGCUGUGAGCACAAAAGAAAAUCAAUUUGUUUAGAGUAAAAUAAUUUUUCAUUUCUACUUUUAAUUCAUUGCUUUAAUUGGCUAUAUUACGGUGCAACAUAAACGGUUCGAGAUUGUUUCUGUGUGAAAAAAAUUGUUUAGUAACGGUGCAUAAUGUUGCGUUUAUUGAAAAGUAAUGCCUUAAUAUCAUCCGGCAAAUCACUGGUCGGCGCUAUGAAUGGUGGCAUAGCCAAAUUCUCGAGCCAAGUGCCAGAUCCACAUGUCAAUCCGGAGAUUCUCUACACGGGUCUUUUUAUUAACAAUGAAUGGCACAAAAGUAAGAGCGGAAAAACUUUCGGCUCCAUUAAUCCCACCACUGAGCAAACCGUCGCCGAAAUCCAAUGUGCCGGUAAGGAGGAUGUCGAUAUCGCCGUACAGGCCGCACGCACCGCUUUCAAAGUUGGCUCACCAUGGCGUCACAUGGAUGCUUCGCAACGUGGCCAACAUUUGUAUAAGUUGGCUGAACUCAUGGAACGCGAUCGUGUCUAUUUGGCCAGUUUGGAAACCUUGGACAAUGGCAAACCCUAUGCCGUGGCGUAUAAUGUUGAUGUACCCGCUGCUGUUAAGAACUUGCGUUACUUCGCCGGUUGGGCCGAUAAGAAUCACGGCAAGACCAUACCUGUUGAUGGUGAUUACUUUGCUUAUACACGUCACGAACCCGUCGGUGUGUGCGCUCAAAUUAUUCCAUGGAACUUCCCAAUACUCAUGAUGGCCUGGAAAUUGGGACCAGCGCUAGCCACUGGAAAUACGAUAGUGUUGAAACCAGCCGAACAAACUAGCUUGUCUGCUUUAUACAUAGCACAGCUGAUUAAAGAAGCUGGUUUCCCAGAGGGUGUUGUGAAUGUAUUGCCUGGUUUUGGUGAAGCUGGUGCGGCUCUGGCUAAUCAUCACGAUGUUGAUAAAGUCGCCUUCACCGGCUCCACUGAGGUUGGCAAACUAAUUCAACAAGCCUCCGGACAGAGUAACUUGAAACGCGUCACUUUGGAAUUGGGCGGCAAGAGUCCCAAUAUUGUUUUAGCCGAUACCGAUAUGGAUUAUGCUGUAGAAACCUCACACUUUGGUCUAUUCUUCAAUAUGGGCCAAACUUGUUGCGCUGGUUCACGUACAUUUGUUGAGGACAAAAUUUAUGAUGAAUUCGUCGAGCGUAGCGCUGAGCGUGCUAAGAAGCGUACAUUGGGCAAUCCCUUCGAAUUGCACGUCGAGCAGGGUCCACAAAUUGAUCAAGAUCAAUUACACCGGAUUCUUGGCUUGAUUGAUCAGGGCAAAAAGGAGGGCGCGAAAUUGGUUGCUGGCGGCAGUCGCGCCACACACCUACCUGGCUACUUUGUGGAGCCCACUGUAUUCGCCGAUGUGCACGAUCACAUGACAAUUGCGCGCGACGAGAUCUUCGGACCCGUGCAACAGCUCAUUCGUUUCAAGUCUCUAGAUGAGGUAAUUGAACGUGCCAACAAAUCUGAUUACGGCUUGGCGGCGGCUGUCUUCACACGCGACAUCGACAAGGCCAACUACAUUGUGCAGGGUCUGCGCGCCGGCACCGUUUGGGUGAAUACAUACAACGCCUUGAUGGCGCAAGCACCUUUCGGCGGCUACAAGAUGUCUGGUCAUGGACGUGAGAAUGGUGAAUAUGCGCUGCAAAACUAUACCGAAGUGAAGAGUGUUAUUAUGAAGAUCACGCAGAAGAGUUCGUAAGCGAGGCAGAGCAGUCCGAAGAGGAUUAUGUAUGGUAACACAAGUCCUGGUGUCAUCAAUACGAGUAGAGGAAACGGUUCGCAACGCACACAACAUUUUCAUACAUUUCAUAAAUUAGUUUGGCUACACUUGUAGAUUUAAGUAGAAUGAGAUUACCUCAUGUGAGUUUUGUUGAAUUUCUAUGUAAACUGAAUUAAUAUUAAUGCAGCACGUAAUACACUUAAAUUAUAAAA